UGCAUCUUGAGAGAUACUGUACUAGCUAAAACUUAAGUAAUUUCAGUCAUGGUCAACAGAAUGGAGUCUUCAGAAACCCUAAGGAACAAGUGUGCUGCAUGCUUCAAACAAUUCAACAGAAUGGAACACCUUGUGGAGCACAUGAGAACUUCAUUUCACUCGGUUCACGAACCCAUAUGUACAGUUUGUAAGAAACAUUGCAGAUCUUUUGAAUCUCUGCGGGAACAUCUUAUAGGCCCAUUGCCUAAACUGGAGUGCAAAAAUAUAUUCAACGUCCGAGGAUGUAGAUUCUGCUUAACCAUCCUCGACAGCCCAAAUGCUCAUAGGAUUCACCAAGAAAGAUGCCAGCUUUCUAAUGUAAAUACUGGACUUACUGCUCGCUUAGCGAAUUUAGGCCUUCGCGAUAAUGCAACUGUGGAUAACACUUAUUCAAGAAAUCCACAAAUAGUUGCACUAGCUUGCAAAAUGGUUGGUGGGGGCACUGAUGGCUCUCUAGAUUAUUGUGGAAGGGUUUGCAUCAUUGAUGAACGUGAAAAUAUCAUCUUCCAUGCUUAUGUUAAACCGCCAGUUCAAGUCACAAACUAUAGGUAUGAAACAACGGGCAUUCGCCCAGAACACCUGAGGGACGCACUCCCACUUCGGCAAGUGCAGAGGAAGAUUCAAGAUUUCCUUUGCAAUGGCGAACCGAAUUGGAGGAUUCGAGCUAGAGGUGGGAAUGCCAGAAUUCUUGUGGGUCAUGGUUUGGACCAUGACCUUGAUCGUUUGCAGGUUGAAUAUCCGCCAAUAAUGAUCAGGGAUACAGCCAAAUAUCCUCCAUUGAUGAAAACAAGCAAGCUCAGCAAUUCACUGAAAUACUUAACCCAAGCAUAUCUAGGGUAUGAUAUUCAAACUGGUGUUCAAGAUCCAUACGAGGAUUGCGUUGCAACAAUGAGAUUGUACAUGAGAAUGAAAUCUCAAGUACACAGGAGAGAGGAGUAUCCACUUGCUUCUGACCCACAAAACCGAAACAUUUUUGCAACAGCGCCAUGGAGGCAGAAUGAGCUUGAGAGGAUGAGCCCAGAAGAACUGCUGGCGAUCUCUAGAUCCGAUUACUAUUGUUGGUGCUUGGACAGAUCUGCCUAGACAGU